UUACUCAAGUUCCUAAACGAAGUACCAGGAGUAAAAGGGUUGAUGCAUUAGGAUUAGCUGAGAAAAGAACAGAAAAGAAACUAAUCUGAGAGUUUCAUGAAUGACUGUUUAUGAGGAAAAGGCAUUUCAAUGUAAGUUGAUGUUAAAAUGCCGUUUCAGGUUUAAAUUAUGUCAUGCUUUAAUGAGAUGUGGUUUUUGCCAAACAGAAUGCGAACAGCUACAACAUCUGUGAAUGAGAUUAAAACCAAAGGCCUGAAAUACGUUUAAUGUCCCGUCCAUAAAAUUCUGAAAAAAAAAAAUAUCCAUCCGUUUAUCAUCAGCAUGGAAAAGGACAACAGCCACCACAGCAUGUUGAAGCUGCCCCCCUACUGGGCGGCCCACGAGCCCAUCGAUACGGUUGGUUUGAUGUUGGAUGGAGAACAAGAGCCCCCCACAACAAACGGAGGGCUGGAACACAGAGACUGGAACAGAGAAAGAGAGACUAGAAAGGGAAGAACCAUCGACAGAUGGACUCUGUUGUGAUUAAAGAUGGCGGCAAUCUUCACUGCAGACUACGAAGGAAUAUAUUCGAUCUCUAGAAAAGCGAUGGGAGUUGUCUGCGGUCCAGCUGAACAGAACCAAGAAGCACACAGUAAGGAAGCUGAUCAGGCUAGCAGAGAGGCACUCUGAUGGACAAGACAGGGCAAAGAGCCUUGGAAUGAAAAGACUGAGAAGAAAAACGAGAAAAUCAUCUGCACUCCUCAAGAGGAACUAAUGGAGUGUGACCAUACACUCUUUGGGCACCUUUCUGCUCCAGACGGAUGUUUCCUGGAGAUGAACGUGGAUUCACUGUUACUGCUGCUCAGUCAGUUAAAUAAAAUCACAAUGGAAUCUUUGGUGAAAGGAUGCACAGCUGGAGGAUGCAAAAGGAGGACAAUAAACCUUAAGGAGAUUUCUCACCGAGGCAUAAGUAGAAUCCUGGAUGGAGUAGCUGUGCGGUUUGGGCACUACGGGGACGUGGAUUUUGGAUGCUGGGACUAUGAACAUAAGCGACCAGAGGGGCUGCAUAGCAGACCUGGGUGGCAGCUUCACUGAGGAUGCUCCCAGACCUCCGGUCCCCGGGGAAGAAGGAGAGCUGGUGUGCAGCAGCGGUCGCCAGCAUGGCAACCCUGGCUUCUCCUCCAAGAACGAGAGCUCCAAAUGUGAAGCGUCUGUGGCUACACCCAGGCGACCAGACUUGGAUCUGGGUUACGAGCCAGAGGGCAGUGCUUCUCCAACACCACCCUACUUAAAAUGGGCAGAGUCUCUUCAUUCCCUCCUGGACGAUCAGGAUGGCAUCCAUCUGUUCAGGAAGUUCCUCAAGCAGGAGGACUGCGCUGACAUGUUGGACUUCUGGUUUGCAUGCAGCGGCUUUCGCAAACUGGAAGCUAACGAGGGGAACGAGGAGAAGAAGGUGAAACUGGCAAAAGCCAUCUAUAAAAAGUACAUCCAGGACAAUAAUGGGAUUGUCUCCAGGCAGAUCAAACCAGCGACUAAGUUAUUCAUCAAAGAUUGUGUUAUGAAGCUUCACAUUGAUCCUGCGAUGUUUGACCAGGCUCAGACUGAGAUACAGACCAUGAUGGAGGAAAACACUUACCCUCUCUUCCUAAAGUCUGAUUUAUAUUUGGAAUACACACGGACGGGAGGAAAGAGCCCUAAGCUGUACAGCGAGCAGAGCCCCGCUUCGGGGAACGGGAAGGGACUGUCGGGUUAUUUACCAACUUUAAAUGAAUACGAGGAGUGGAGAUGUGACCGAGGGCCGGAGGAGCAGCCCGAGUGUGACCCGACGCCAAGCAGCCAGCUCACUCAGAAACUCUUAAUGGAGACACAGCGAGUUGGCAACAACUCAAGAUUCCAGGACAGCCUCGAGUACAGGAGCCGUCAGCAGCACGUUACUGCAGCAGCACGUCUUGCUCGCGUAAACUGCUGCUUGGCCCUUCCCACGAGACGCGAAGCAGCAGGGGAGCAGCUGUCACCGACCGAGCACGAAGUCACACGAGUGACUUCGUCAGUAAACACAACAACAAGCAGGAGAAAACUACAACAUGCCUCCAAAAGGCAUGCACCAUGCUGCGAGCCCAUCAACCCAUAUUAUGUCAACACCGGCCAUGUUCUGGCUCCAGCCACCAGCGCCAACGAUAGUGAGCAGCAGAGCGUGUCCAGUGACGCAGACACACAGUCUCUCACUGACAGCAGUGUAGAUGGAGUUCCACCCUACCGAUACCGCAAACAGCAUCGCCGAGAGAUGCACGAAAGUGCCAAAGCAAAUGGGCGAGUGCCACUACCUCAUUUUCCACGCACCAACCGGAUUCCUAAGGAUAUUCACGUGGAGCCAGAAAGGCUCGCCACGGAGCUGAUCCGGCGGCUGGAGGGCGUCCUGAGGGAGAGGGAGGCUCGGGAGAAGCUGGAGGAGCGACUGAAGAGAGUCCGAUUGGAGGAGGAAGGUGAUGAAGUCACAAUGUCCUCAGCUUCAUCGUUACCCAGUCACAGGUUCCCCCCUGGUGCUUACUCACUGAAUUACAACCCCCGUUACGCUGACACCACCUACAGCGGGCCGUUUGUUAGAGACGCUCAUGAGGAGAACCCCGAGAGCAUCUUGGAUGACCACGUCCAGCGGGUCAUGAAGACACCCGGCUGCGAGUCUCCAGGGACUGACCGCUCCCCAGACUGCUUACCAGGAGUCAAAGGGAUGGGACAACCAGGCCAGGGUAGACAUGCAACCAGGCAGUCCAUCCAUAUGCAUCACCAUAAAUACGUCCAUCACACGCAUCAGACAGGUGGGGGAAAGUCCAGGGAGCAGAUGGAGGCUGAGAUGGCCUCACGCAGUGGCUUUCCCUGGAGUGUGGAGACUAGUUAUUAUGGCUCAAAGUCCCGUAACUAUGGAGAUGGUAUUGGAUCCAACCCUCCAGAGCACACGGGGUAUAGCAAAAGUGGCUCUCAGUGUAAGAGAGCAGUCAAGAAAGGUGACGAAGUUCGACCUUACGAUGGUCCCGGACCUGCAGAGGAAAUGGAGAAAAAUCAGAAGAUCCUCCUGUGGCUAAAGGAAGGGCAAAAAGAAAUGGUCCAGCACAAGAGAAGUCCAUUCGGGAGUGUCAACGGCUCCAAGAGGAACCAGAGCUAUGAAGGAUCUCACCUCAGCUCUGCAGACCGGCCAGCUCCUUCACACCCAGGAUCCAGCGGUCAGCAGCGCAACAACGUACAGCCGUUUCACCCCUUCAUCCAGGACCCCACCAUGCCCCCCAACCCAGCUCCCAGCCCCUUAAUCCAGCUGGAGGAGGUUUGUCGGCGGCUUGAGGAGGAAAAGAUAAAGUCUGGACCUUUACAGCCCAAGCAGAGGUAUGUGAUGGAGGUGAUUCAGAGGGGUCGCACGGCCGUCCGACCUGCACCUGCCCCUCCACUCAACGUGGUGCCUGCUGUUUCAGACUGCGAGCUUUCUGAACCCGAACAUAAAGCCACUAAGAAGCAACCUUGUGAGAACAUCACGGUGGCGUAUUACUUCUGUGAGGAGCUGAUACCUUACAGGACCUCAGUCAGAGGGAGGGCGGUCACGCUGGGACAGUUUAAAGAACUGCUCACAAAGAAAGGAAACUACAGGUAUUAUUUCAAGAAGGUCAGCGAUGAGUUUGACUGCGGGGUGGUGUUUGAAGAGGUACGCGAGGAUGACGCUGUCUUGCCGAUCUUUGAGGAAAAGAUCAUCGGGAAAGUAGAAAAAGUCGAUUGAAGUCGGAACGAGUGGAGGUGAAGAGGAAAUGAUUUAAGAUGAAGAAAUGGAGAUCGGUUCUGGGCUGGAGGAAGGGGAAGCGCUGCCCUGUCGUGGUUUAUGUAUGUGGUUUUUGCUGAGUGUAAUGUAGCUCUGUAAAGCUUUUUAGACAGAUGAAGAACAAAAGUGCUUCUAAAGCUGCAUAUUUUUGAUAAAGAUGUAUCAGAGGAUUUCCUCUCUAAAGUAGCAGCACUUGUACUUUUUGUAGGUUCUGAUAUGUACAGUUUGUGUUAAAGAAAAACAAUUUUUUAUUCUAUUCAUCUAUUUAAAAUGCAAAAUGUCAUGUUUAUAAAACAUUUCUCUUGUUGAAGAUGAAGAGACUCCUUUUAAAGAGCUGAUUGGUAAUUCAUAGCUGGAUAUGUUUGUGCUCAUCGAAGUGCUUUUGUUUGUUUAUUUAGUCAAGCUGCUUGUUUAUUCCGCUACAAACCAUGUUUCAGCGAAGGCUUUUUAAAGGACGGAGCCACAAAUAAUCAGCAAGACUAAAGUGUGAGGCAGUUGUCAUUUAGAACAGCCCCGCCUUUUUAAAGACUGAUAUGAAGUGUUUUUCGUUUCAGUUGGAAGCUUUUGGUGUACGAGGAAAGCUAAGCUCCAAACAAAGGAAACACUCCGUCUGUGCAGUUAAUCAAGUUUGCAUUUUGUUUUCAGCGCCAAACAAUCACAACAUCAAUGUAAUUAGAGCAAAAAAGAUCAUUGUUGACAUCAUUUGACACAUCCUGAUUUGCAAGCAUGCUUUUAAUUUGAAAGGCCUUUCAAAUGAUGCCUACAUUGAAAGAUGCACUUCCGUUAAUUUUCAACCACACUCGCAGCAAAUUAUGUUUUCUGAGUUGAAAGUUAAGUUCAAAUUAAACGGAGUCUAAAUGUUACAAACGACUUAUCUGACAUGUGUGUCAUCCUAAAUAUGCCUAAACGUUUUAUUAUAAUUAUAUUUAUUCUAGUGUUGUAAACGUAAUUUUCAUCACCACGGAUGUGUGCAACGCUGACACCUGCUGGUGUAAAUUGGCGUCUGCAGUCUCUUUAAAGUGUGAUCUCUAAAUGUUAAAUAAUCAUAAUUUAGAUUUUCCCCAACAGCUAGAUUCUGGUGCAGCUUCCUACGCUACACAAUUAUAUGGCUAGAUACAAUUUCCUUUUACAUACUUAAUUUGAAAAUCAAGCAUGCAAGGAAGCUUGUUGGGUAGUACUACUGUCAGAGGUUUCUGGUUAUUCUGGUUUCUGCUUCACUAAAGCAGCAUUGCUGACAGCUGUUUUUAGUCGUUUACCAACAACACACGUUUUUAAUGAAGAUGCCAUUAAGGUAAACUGCCUCAGCAGACACUAGCUGCAUUUGAAAUGACAACGUGAGCCCAUGCUAAAUGGUAACUGAUACUAUUUGGCAUGUAGAAUGUUAAGAAGAAGGACUUUGCAUUUAACUGGAUGAGUAUUUUGCAUCAUUGCUGAGAUAAAGCAAGUUUUAUUUAGAUGUCUGAUUAUAAUUGUGAAAAAUUAAUUUUUGGAAGCAAAUUUGUGUUUUGGAAAGUGGCUAUAUCCUUUUGGAGCCAGCUUUCCUCCGAUUUGCUUUAGAUCAAAUGCUAACUUUUGGACUUCCUUAAGUAGCCAUUGGGCCAUUCCCAUCUGUACCGGGUCGGCCCGGGCCGGGUAGCCCCAGUUGGCCCGGUUGAUUCCACACAUCCUUGUCUUAAGCCCAUGUGGGCUGAUUCUACCCACCAAUCAGAGGCUUGCUCUAAUGGAAGGUGUGAAUUUGCUGUCAGCAGUGGGUGUGUUGGCCCUGGUCGGCCUGAAGCAGACCCCCUCGAGAAGAGGGCAGAGAAUGAGCCUUGGUUGGCCCGGAAAAAUACCAGGCCACCCAGAUAUGUAAACAACCUACGCUGCCCGGCCCGGGCCGACCCGGUACAGAUGGGAAUGGCCCAUUAGAGGCUGAAGCUGACCAUCAAGCUGCAGCUGUUGCAGAAAACCCCUUGAACGUUUUCGUUAGAAAUCACAUCACAGCCUGUUGGCAGCGUUGUUUUCUUCAGAUUUUAUUUACUGGAUUAUUGAAGCCACACAUCAGAACGGAACAAAAACUAAAAGAUUCUGUUGUAGGGAAUAUUAUUAUUAUUUUUGUUGAUUUCUGAUCUGAAGCCUUUUCCAUCUCAUCACAUCUACAGCUUGUGCCUGGAAGAAUAUCAGCAUCAAUAUGUGGUAGAUCAGUUCACACCAAAGAGGAAAAGAUGCUCUUAAAUGAUACCUUUUACAUUAAUACUUGUUUUUCUUUCUGAACAGCAGCCCCUGAUGCUCUCAGCUGAAUUUAUUCAUAUAUAAACACUGAAGCCCUUUUAGAACGAAUGCAUGUUUUUAUUUACGUAAAUAUCAGCAACGUUUUGAAGGAACACUCGCCUGAACUAACAGAAUGAUUCUCUCUGACUGACUGGAAGUUGAGUUUCACACAGUUAUUAUUACAUUAUUAUUUCUCUAUCUGUUGACACUUUUGCACAGAAAAUGGAACCCGCACCGAAACAAACGGUACAGAGGCAGCUGUGAGGAGAAAUGGGGAUUCAAGGCCGCUUUGCCUAUUUGUAUUAUGUCCUCCUCUUGAUGCCGAUUGUCAUUAUUAUGGAUCUGUGGCCUGUUGGAACAGACCACAACACCAGUGGACCUUGGGAGACAGGUUGCUAUGUGUUGUUGCAUAGAAACUCUCUUUGUUAGUUAGUUUGUUUGUUUUACAAGCUGCUGUGUUUAUAGACAAGGUAAAUCAGUUGUAUGUAUUUAUAGCUCAUUGAGCUCCACUGAUGAAUUUGCUGUUAAAUUAUACAGAUUUAUUCCGUUAUUAGGGUAUGUUGUUUUAAUUGUUAACUCCUGAGAUUGACUCUGUUUUGUUUCCUACUGUGAAAAUACCCUUAAGUGAGCUUCUCCUGUUUAAAAUCAAUGACAUGUACAAAGAACAAGAGAGUGCCUUGAUUACUAUGCUAAUGAUGUCUUCAGCACCACUUGCAGAUAAAUAAGGGCACAUAAAACCAGGGAUUUGCUUUAUAUUUAUGUUGAGAGUUAUUAUUAUUAUUUUAUUUUUUGCAAUGUUGUCUCUUGUUACUAUUUCCUGUUUGGUCUUUUUUAUGUAAAUAUGCAGAGCUUAAAUUGUCACAAACCAGCAGCUCGGCCAUCUCCCUUCCUGGACCAGUUUCUGUUCUACAACGUUACAAAGGUACCUGAACGAUGAAUGCAGUAAACCAGCAUUUGAGUCGUCUAAUCAGUCACCAUUUGUCUGAAUGUACAGGUGUGCAACAGAAAUGAUAAAAAUGUUCCAGGUUUCUUCACACAGUUUCAGUGAGAUGAAGAUUUUGAAAAAUGCUUCAGUUCAAAGUGACAUUUUCUCUUUAUCUCUUGCUAACAAGCUUUUAUUCUGUACAUUUGUGAUUCAAAACAACACAUAAGCUCUCAGAAAAAGGUUUGGGCUUCCCUCCUAGACCAGUGCUUCCCAUAAGGAAGCACGGGGCUGGCUGGCCAGGCUAUCCUGGACCAAACCUCAUACAGGUGUAAGAACAUGGAUGGAUGGAAUCCUUUUAUGGAAAUCUCAGACUUUAAUUAGCUUCUGCUGACGGUAAAUGCCAGCAUAAGUAAUUGCAUUUGAUGGCAGGCACAAAUAACAGGUCCCCAACAAACAGAAUAAAAUAAUUGCCCAUACAGCCUCUGUACACAUGACAGCUCUCAGGAGGUAAGUCGUUAUCUUUCUAAAGGAUGUAAAUAAUAAGUCUGACAGCAACUAAGUGGAAAACACAUCAGUAAAUAGCUUCAAUUUCCAACAUUUCAUUCAGACAUCAUUUCGUAAACCUUUUUGCAUUGCAAUCAUUAAGCACAACAUUGUGCUGCUGCUGGUGGGAUUUACUCAUAAAUAACCACGUAGUGGUGAAACUAACCAGUGAUGUGUGAGCUGUAGUGAAACGCUGGAGAUCAGAGACGUUUCAGGAUGACAAAUGACUUAAGAAGUCACAACACUGGAAGACACUUCCAACAUUUAGCAUAUUUGAGAAACGUGUCAAAAAAGGAUUUCAGGUAAAAGUAGCAGAAAGUGAAUUUGAUCGAAGUUGGGGUUUUUGUUGGAGUCGGAGCAUUUCAUUGAUUUAAGUGAAAUGGAUUUUUAGAACCUGAUGCUUUGUAAACAAAGAGCUCAAGUGGCUUUUUGCACAUGUAUGUUUCUGUUCAAAAUUAUAAUCUUGCACUUGAGCGUUCUGUGGCUUCCACUGCAUUAUGUUCCCAUGUCCAGUAUUUUUUAAUACUAUUGGUUCAGAACAAUAUAGUUUACAGCACUACAGGACUGAUGAGCUAACGGCUAGUCUGAGGACAGCCAAGACAGACGAGGAUAUUUAGCACCAUAACUGCCUCCCUUCUCAUUUUUCUAGAAAUCCAGGAAGUGCCUCAUUAAAUUCUGCUAAUCAAAGGAGUGGUCUGGAGUAGCACAUGCCACCUUGAAAUCUGAUUGGCUACCCCACUGAGUUCCAUUUAAAUUGAUGCAUGCAGAAGAAGAAGAAAAACAGAGAAACAUGGCGGUGGAGCUCACAAAUUCACUAAAAUAAAAUAAAAACAGCAGCUAUAGGUGCCCUCCAUGCAUAAACAAGUGCCCCAAUGAUAUUUCUGCGUGUAACUAAAGGAAUAAGUUCUUGUAUAUACAUAUGUAAUAUGAAAUUGAAGAAAGUAUUAAAGUUUAUAAAAUAUUAUCAAACUAAAUACUGUGACAUUUGGAAGAAUGGAGCAGUUUUAAUUGUGCUUCUCAGGGAAUAUCCAGCCCGUUUGCAGGACAGCGCUGCAGAAUGAGCACAUGGGUAGUGUUGAGAUACUACCUGUAGAUGGUGCUCUUCUUGUACCUCUGAUGCAGUGUUUUUGCAUCUCACACCGUCUGCACAUCUGGUCAACAUUGGAACUGAAUGUUAAUAAAACUCAGUAGUUUGUUUUUUUCUUUUGUUGUUCUUUGGAAGCAUGCAGGUUUGCACUGUGAAAUCAUGCUGAAUAAUUAAAAAGUACAUUUACUGCUCA